GGGCGGGACCGCUGCGGGAGCCGCCGGCGGGCGCGCAGAUGAAAUCUGGCCUUGCGGGAGGCGCUGUUCACCGGUAGGUGACGGGCCCUCGGUCAGGAAAAAAUCCCCAAACCAACGGAAAACCCGAAAAAAAGCCAGGAGGAGAAGAUGGAGGAAGCAGAAGAGGAUGACAUGACGUGUGGAGACCUGGGAAACGGUCUGGGGAGAAGACCGGGAGGUGUUUAUGAAGGGGAAAACUUACAAAAUUCCUAUUCAGUUAGAUCUAGGAAGGGAUCUGGAAAGACUUGUAAUUCCCCCUUGUCAGCAAAGGUAGCAGAAGAAAGUGAUGCUGCACCUCUUCCUGCUCCAAAACGAAACAGCUUUUACGAUGGAUCACUCAAAAAACCUGCCUCUAGUUCCGCACGGCAGAAUAGCUGUGAAUCUAAUACUGAAGUGUCAAAUGAGGAACUGAAGCAACAACUUCGGGAAGCUCUGGAGGAACUGGAAAUGCUGAAAGUUGAGCUUGAAGCAUCUCAAAGACAGCUUGAAGGAAAAGAUGAAGCCCUAAGAAUCCUGCAGAGCAUGGCAGUAUUUGAUAAAGCCACGUGCCAUACUAAAGCAAUGCUUCAGAAAACUGAGGAAGAAAAGAGGACUCUAGAGAAGGAAAUAAAUAUUUUGCAGUGGGAAAUUGAAUUUGAUCAAGACAGAUUUAAAAACAUAGAAGACACCUGGACGGAAAAAUAUGACAGGAUAUACUGUGAAAAUGCAGCUCUUAAGGAAGCAUUGAAACUGAGGACAGAAGAAGUUAAAACACUUAAGGCUGAAAAUGCAAUCCUGAACCAGCAGUGCUUGGAAUUCCUUGCAAUGCUAGAUGUGAAACAACAGAAAGUUUUUCAGGAGAACAUGUUGAACAAAAGUGACAUCACUGAUUUUACAGGUCUUGAACUGGCAGUGCUGGGAGCCUGCACCUGCAGUCCUGCCGAGGGGCAGCCCUGCCCCUGUGCCAGAGUGGCAGCUCUCACUCGGAAGCAGCUCCUUCAUCUCAAGCAAGAGAUGGAAAACCUGAAGAAGAGUAAGGAUGAAGCGUACAUCAUGGCAGAUGCCUUCAGGAUUGCGUUUGAGCAGCAGCUGAUGCAGAGGCAGGAGCAGGCCCUGAGGCUGGCAGAAGUGAUCAAUGUGAAGAAGGAGAGCAGAUUUGCGAGCUGGAGACGCCUGCGGGGCGCUGAGCACAUCAAGUUGGAGGGCAGCAAGACUAACCUGGGGAGGAAGCUGUCCAGCCUGCUCUCGUCAGAGGGGGACUGCAGGAGGGUGGAGGAGCUGGACAGUGCCCAUGAGAUCCUCAGGAUGCUGAUUGAUCUGGUGAACGACAAGGAGGAGGCCCUGGCGCAUCAGCGCAAGGUCAGCUACAUGCUGGCCCGAGCGGCGGAGGCCGGCCUGGGGCAGGCGGGGGGGCACACGGCGGGACAAUGUCAGAGCCCAGGAAGGUGUCGGAGCCCAGGGAGGCUCGGAAGGCUCGGAGCCCAGCGUCCCCCGGCCACCCCUCAAGGCGACGGCCAUCACUGCCUGGCCUGCCCACCCCUCACAGGAGCGGCCGCCGCGCUGCCGAGGCCGCGCUCCUGGCCCUCGGGCAUGGCUGAGGGGCUGCGUGCGCUCUCGCCAUAGUGUGGCUUUGUGAAAAAGAAGAUUG